AUGGAGAAUCUCAUGAAUACACCCAUCACGGCGGUAUUGGGUCCCCCGCCAGCAGGUGUUGACCUCAGAGAAAACCGAACGUGGAGAGACAAUGCUGUUGUUAUAACCAUCUCCGUGAUUGCGGUAAUCAUCGUCGUGAUAAGAUUUAUUGUGCGACUCAGAAGCCAAAAGUCAAGGCCCUUUCUGGAUGAAUGGCUUAUUGCGGCAGCUUUGGCUCCUAUGCUGGCUCUUUUAGCUGCUUCAUUAGCCGGUGGUCAUUAUGGAAUGGGAAAGCAUGUCUGGCUCGUGACAAUCAGUGCCAUGGUGAAAAUGAAGAAGAUCCUAUUCGCCUAUCUCUUCGUCUAUCUUUUUGAGCUGUUCCUCAUCAAGAUAUCCAUUUUGGCUUUUUACCGCCGCAUUCUUGGGCGAAACUGGUCGAUUCGGGUUUGCCUCUUUUUAACAACUGGAUGGACAGUGGGAAGCAUGAUUGCCCUCCUGUUGAGCAGUGACCCGGUUGCUUAUUUCUGGACAUCAACUUACGAUCCAAAGGGCGGUCAUUAUCGUUACAACUUUUAUGACUACUAUAUCGGAAACGCCGCUGCAAAUGUCGUCAUUGACGUAUUGAUCCUUCUCAUCCCAGUCCCUGUGGUCUGGAGAUUGAAGCUCCGAGUUACUCAGAAGAUCAUGAUAACGAGCGUCUUCUUUAUCGGCGUGUUUGUCUGUGUCGCCAGUAUCGUGCGACUCCACUAUCUGACAUAUCUCAAGGGGACUCUCGACAUCACAUGGGUCAUGAGCAAUGUCUACGUCUGGUCCACCGUGGAACCUUGCCUUGGCAUAAUGUGUGCUUGUCUGCCAGCCCUCCAGCCACUCGUUCAAUCGUUCAUGAAAGCAGAGCAUCUGCUUUAUCUUCGAAAGAGGAUACGCCACAGCAAGAGAAUGAGCCAAGUCAAUCGAUUACGAAAGCAUAUCAGCAAUACCAGCAGCAGUGACCGUAGCCAUAGUCGAUCGGGCACUGCGGAUUCAUUUGACAGCAAGCCCGAGCUGGGCUUGCGAGCUCAUGACGAUGAAGUGCAUCUUACAUCGUGUGUUGCACAGAUCGAAUCGGACAGGUGUCGCAAGGAAAGAGAGAAUUUGGAGGAGUUUCUUGGCCCUAUGUUCAUUCGUGUGGAGCAUGAAGUCGAGUGGACGGUGGAUCGUUCAUAA